AGAGCCAGAGAUUCUAUGCCAGCUGGUUAAUGCUCUACUGCAGUACACUGUGUGUUUUGUGUCGUCCCCCUCCGGUUGCCUAGGUAGUUUUAAAAUGAGCGCGACGUCUCUUGUUAGUAAACGUCUGAUAGCGAAAGACACUAGAAAGAUUUUGCGUGCGGUAUUCCCUGUGCUGAAGGAGAAGGGUGAAGAUUUAAAGGACAUUACUGAGAAGCUGCAGCUGGUGUUCAACCAUGAGUUGGACAUUCGACUUCAGACCUAUGGCAUUAACGUUGCUCCGAUUGGGCAUUUGGAGGCUUCUGCAAGAGGUGUGAUUGGUUACUCUGUGGGAUCAAGCAAAACUGUAUUACGGUGGCUGCGACUUUCCAACAGGAAGUUUGUCAUGAAGGGAUGCUUUGGUAUUGAAACGAGCACUUAUAAUUCUCUGGGAGAUGUUGUUGGGACAGCUCCAUAUGAUCACAUCACAGAAGAAAGGUUGAUGCAGAUGUUCCCACAGUUCCUUGGCCAAAUCAAACAGGCAGUCAGCCCUUAUGAUGGGCCUUUGCUUCAGUCAGCAAAAGAGGCCGGACGAAACCAUGUUGCCAUCAUGGAACAUCUGGCCAUUUGUCAUAGCAUCAGCUGUUCUGCACUCAGUCUGCCUCACUUUUCACUAGAAAUAGUCUGUGGGCCGGGCUUUUCACCUCGAGUAUUUGUGCACAACUUGGGAAAAGCAUUGGGUAGCUGUGCGCAUGUGACACACAUGGAGCUGACACAGUAUGGUCCCUUCACGCUUGAGCAUGCACUGCCAAGCUACAGAUGGUCAUGGGAAGAAGCCAGAGUGACAUCCGAGAAGCUGCGCAGCCUUUGGUCUGCCCAUGUUGAAGAUGUUCGAAGGGAAAUGCAGGACAAAGUUGACCACUUCAAGAAUGUCGCGAGGUACUAUUAACACAAAUAGGAAAUGCACACGUUUACAAUAAAUUAUGUUACAUCGAUUU